GGGGUCCCGGAAGGAAGCUUUUUCCAGACUGGAGGGACUUACUGGAGGGUCUAGGAGAGAAGCUCGACGAACUUGCGCAGGGUCACGAGAUAUGCCGCCCCCUCGACCCCUCUCGGCAGGACCCAGUCUAGCAUUCUCCCCACCACCCUUCUUUUUGCUGCUUCAGAUCAGAUCUCUUUCCCAGUGACCUGAGUGGUCAGUCCUGGCUAAUAUCGACUAUUGGACUGACUUUCUGCCCUGGACAUACUAAAAUGUGGCCAAUUGCAGCACUGUAAUGUCUAAUGCUGGGCUGAGUUGAUUCUCAAAUAUAAAUGUUCUUUUCAGCUUCUUUUCCAAUCUGCUUAGUGAGAGAACCACCGCCUACUACUAAGGGGACCCUGGAUGCCAGUCGCAGGCGACAGAGACCUCAAGUCAGCAGCCUUCCGUCUCAGAUUUUCCUGGCGGUUAUAACUAAUGACUUUUCCCACCGCUGUUAGUAGUCGCAGCUUGACCCGGUGACAUUCUUUUAUCCUGUAACUGUGGGGCUGUAGGUAGUCCGCAAGUUGCCUUCUGCAAGAGGCUUGAGGACGCCCCUAGAAGUUCGCCUUUAUCUCCAGUUUUUCCGCCUUCUCCCCUCCCCCUCCCUGCAACGCCCCCGCGACUCCUUUGCCAGGGGAUUUGCAAGCACCUCGUGGACCCUCUCCUCCUGCCCGGGGUUAAUCAGUCCGGAGCGAGCCGGGCUUGCAGGCGCGAGGGCAGAGGGAGGCACGGUGGCCCCGGCGGGGGUCUCGCUUGACUCUGAGUCUGGGAGGCGCUGUAGUUCCCGUCAUUGCGGCGAGGGCCGGGCCCACGGCCGCGCGCCCGCCGCCGCCGCCGCCGCCGCCUCCAUGCUGCAGCGCCGGACGCAGUCCUUCCCGGCGGGGCGGCUGCCGCUGCCCGAACAGGCUGCGGUGGGGAGCCUGGGACCGGGGCCCGCCCUGGCCGCAGCCGGGGUCCUUGGCUGCCAGCCGCACGCCUGAGCUGCGGACUCGCCCUGGCGAGGUGGGCAGCGGGCGGGGCGCUGUGUGCAGCGGCUCGCAGGGAGUCAGCCACCGUGUGCAGAGCGGCCCGAACUGAGGACUCGUGUCUGUGUGUGUGUGUGUGUGUGUGUGUGUGUGUGUGUGUGGUGUGCGCGUGUGUUUGCGCGUGUUUUUCCUUCUUCCCUAGAGGAUGUGAAUGGCUUCGCAGCUGGCUGCUCCCUUAGGAUUCUUGACUGUGGAGCUCUGGGCUGUGAGCACAACCCACCCAUAUAAUCCAUUUUGCACGGUCGGUUUAUAUCAAGAGAAAAAAGCGCAACUGGACGGGGGUGGGGCCGACCGAGGAAACCUUCUGGAAAUACACACACACAUUCACAAGAGAGAGGAAGAAUGAAAGACCCGGGAAGAUUUUUAUAGCCUUCCUGCUGACCCUUCUGUUUUCAGAAAAGAUUCUGGAUCUUUUCUACCUUUUGAAAUCAUCUUGGCAUCUAUUUUUUUUUUUUUUUUUUUUUUGUAAGCCGCUCUUCAGCUAGCUGCGUGUGUGUGUCUGCGUGUGUGUGUGUGUGUGCGCGCGCGCGCGCCUAUCUGAUGCAUUUGACUGUCUUUUAUCCAACUGCCCAGAAGCAAAUGUUAACUCGUCGGUGCCCCCUCGAUGCCGAGGUUCUUGAAGAGCAGGGAGGACGCCCAGACCCAUUUUCCCGGCUGGAUUCGGAACCGCUGCCUGCCUGUGGACCCAUGUGUGUGGAUCGCUUUACCCAGAGGCUUGGAAAGCGCCAGUAUUAACUUGCUUCCAGGUACAUCACAAGGUCACCAGAGGGUCUUGUAGCCGUCUUGUUUCCGUGCAUCUAGACCUUCCUGUCUUGGCCAGAGAUAUUUAUGUUUCCGUCCACAUCAUCUGAAGCCAAAAGUUCAGCCCUUCGAGCUGGGUUCUGUACAAACAAGGUAACAAGGAUUGCUUUUCAAACUGCUUAACAAAAUUCCCGACUCUUCCUCAGCCCUUUCCCGGCUCUCUCCUCUCCACAAAAAUGUCAUCAGCCCUUGAAUUGCGUGGAUUUGGGUUGGAGGAGAACUUAAAGGAAACGUGAUCAAAAGGCUUUGCCAAACCACUCUCUUUUCUGCCUGUGGUCCGGUGGGGAUCAAAGCUGAUCGUGAGAAGGACCAGUCCCCUCCCUGCUUCUCCCUCCCGGAGCUGGGCUGGAUGUGCGUGUGCAAGAGUGAAUGCGAGUGCGCGCGCGCCUGUGUGCGAGUGUGUGAGUGUGUGUGUGUUUGAGUGUGUCUGUGUGUGCGUGCGCGGCCGCCCUGCCUCUGCCCGCUCCCCGGGCGCAGAAACGCGGGUUUCAUGGGGCGAUCUCCGCGGAUCCCCCACCCAGCGCGACCUGCGGGCAGCGGCGGCAGUGGCAGGAGCCGCCUUUCGGACUCCCUAGGAUGCGGGUGCUGAGCUAUGGCAAAGGGCAGCAAAGUGACGAGCGAGACCCGCGUACGACUGUGAAAGCCACCUGGAGCCACCUUGCCGGGAUUGUACCUGCGGGCAGAAAGUCCUCCUACGACCGUCUUUUCCUCUAGAGGCACCAGACUCCCUGUAACCACUCAGCCAGGUGUUGGGAAGAUGUGUAGUAGCUGAGCACCCUUCUGACACUCUCCUCAGAAUCAGCUUGGAGAUGCUUUCACCCUGUCCGUCUUCUUCAGCAGCCAGGCAGAGUGCUGACUCCUUCACAGCAGUGAGGAACUCUUCUGGCUUCAGAAGUUAGGAGCUCUCUUACAGUGCUGAAUGCAAAUGGCUCUUAAAUCUGAUCUACAAUGGAAAAAUUUCUUUUUUAUCUGUUUUUCAUUGGCAUAGCAGUGAGAGCUCAGAUCUGUCCAAAGCGUUGUGUCUGUCAGAUUUUAUCUCCUAAUCUCGCAACCCUUUGUGCCAAGAAAGGGCUUUUAUUUGUUCCACCAAACAUCGACAGAAGAACUGUGGAGCUGCGGUUGGCAGACAAUUUUGUUACAAAUAUUAAAAGGAAAGAUUUUGCCAAUAUGACCAGCUUGGUGGACCUGACUCUAUCCAGGAAUACAAUAAGUUUUAUCACACCUCAUGCUUUUGCUGACUUGCGAAAUUUGAGGGCAUUGCAUUUGAAUAGCAACAGAUUGACUAAAAUUACAAACGAUAUGUUCAGUGGGCUUUCCAAUCUCCAUCAUUUGAUACUGAACAACAAUCAGCUGACUUUAAUCUCUUCUACAGCAUUUGAUGAUGUCUUUGCCCUUGAGGAGCUGGACCUGUCCUACAAUAAUUUAGAAACGAUUCCUUGGGAUGCAGUUGAAAAGAUGGUUAGCUUGCACACCCUUAGUUUGGAUCAUAAUAUGAUUGAUAAUAUUCCCAAAGGGACUUUCUCCCACUUGCACAAGAUGACUCGGCUUGAUGUAACAUCAAAUAAAUUGCAGAAGCUACCACCUGAUCCUCUCUUUCAGCGAGCUCAGGUACUAGCAACCUCAGGAAUAAUCAGCCCAUCAACUUUUGCAUUAAGUUUCGGUGGAAACCCUUUGCAUUGCAAUUGUGAAUUGUUGUGGUUGAGACGUCUGUCCAGAGAAGAUGACCUAGAGACUUGUGCUUCUCCAGCACUUUUAACUGGCCGCUAUUUUUGGUCAAUUCCUGAGGAAGAGUUUUUAUGUGAACCUCCUCUCAUUACUCGUCAUACGCAUGAGAUGAGAGUGCUGGAAGGUCAAAGGGCAACCCUGAGGUGCAAAGCCAGGGGGGACCCUGAACCUGCAAUUCACUGGAUUUCUCCUGAAGGGAAGCUUAUUUCAAAUGCAACAAGAUCUCUGGUGUAUGAUAACGGAACACUUGAUAUUCUUAUCACGACUGUGAAGGAUACAGGUGCUUUUACCUGCAUUGCUUCCAAUCCUGCUGGGGAAGCAACACAAACAGUGGAUCUUCAUAUAAUUAAGCUCCCUCACUUACUCAACAGUACAAACCAUAUCCAUGAGCCUGAUCCUGGUUCUUCAGAUAUCUCAACUUCUACGAAGUCAGGUUCUAAUGCAAGCAGUAGUAAUGGUGAUCCUAAAAUGAGUCAAGAUAAAAUUGUAGUAGCAGAAGCGACAUCAUCCACGGCACUACUUAAAUUUAAUUUUCAAAGAAAUAUUCCUGGAAUACGUAUGUUCCAAAUCCAGUAUAAUGGUACUUAUGAUGACACCCUUGUUUACAGAAUGAUACCUCCCACGAGCAAAACUUUUCUUGUCAAUAACCUGGCUGCUGGAACUAUGUAUGACCUGUGUGUCUUGGCAAUAUAUGAUGAUGGCAUCACUUCGCUCACUGCCACGAGAGUCGUGGGUUGCAUCCAGUUUACUACGGAACAAGAUUAUGUGCGAUGCCACUUCAUGCAGUCCCAGUUUUUGGGAGGCACCAUGAUUAUUAUUAUUGGUGGAAUAAUUGUAGCAUCUGUGCUGGUUUUCAUCAUCAUCCUAAUGAUCCGGUAUAAGGUUUGCAACAAUAACGGGCAACACAAGGUCACCAAGGUCAGCAAUGUCUACUCUCAAACUAAUGGGGCUCAAAUCCAAGGCUGUAGUGUAACGCUGCCCCAGUCCAUGUCCAAACAAGCUGUGGGACAUGAAGAGAAUGCCCAGUGUUGUAAAGUUGCCAAUGACAAUGUGAUACAAUCUUCGGAAACUUGUUCAAGUCAGGACUCCUCUACCACUACCUCUGCUUUGCCUCCUACCUGGACUUCAAGCACUUCUGUGUCCCAGAAGCAGAAAAGAAAGACUGGCACAAAGCCAAGUACCGAACCACAGAAUGAAGCCGUCACAAAUGUUGAGUCCCAAAACACUAACAGGAACAACUCAACUGCAUUGCAGUUAGCUAGUCGACCUCCUGAUUCUGUCACAGAGGGGCCCACAUCUAAAAGAGCACAUUCAAAGCCAAAUGCUUUGCUGACUAAUGUUGACCAGAUUGUCCAGGAAACACAGAGGCUGGAGUUAAUCUGAAGAGCACUGCUUCUUUCUCUCCUGAAAAAAGUUGCCACUGAUAUUUUUACUGGAUAAAAUUUAAACAUGUUUCAAUUCACAAAGGCCAAUUGUUGAACUGGUGUCCUAGAAGAAAUUGUUCACAGGAGCCGAAGCAGAAGUCUCUGAUGCUGGUGGAACUGGCUCUAUCAGACCAUGGUUCAUCCUCUUUUAAAGCCAAAUUUUUUUUUUCUUCUGGCCUACAAGUAUUUUCUUUUUUUUAAAGAAGGAAAGAGAAAAGCCUACACUGGCAUCGAGUUCUGUAUCAAUCCAUGUUACAUUGCCAUCCAUGAUUUAAGACUGUAGAAUCUUGAAUAAUCUAUAUCACUUUAACAAAUAAAUGUUUUACUAUGACA